AGUCCCUUCUGGGCUUGAUGCAGAUCUUGCACCUCUGAGGCCCCUCGCCAUGGCUGACACGAUUUUUGGCAACGGAAACGACCAGUGGGUGUGUCCAAAUGACAGGCAGCUGGCUCUGAGGGCCAAGCUUCAGACCGGCUGGUCCGUGCACACCUUCCAAACCGACCGGCAGCGCAAGACUCAGGCCCUCAGUGCCCAGGAGAUGGAAGUUAUCCUGGAGGUCAUCCGGCGGGCAGAGAGGCUGGACCUGAUUGAGCAGCAAAGAAUUGGGCGUUUGGUGGAACGGCUGGAGAACAUGCGGAAGAACACGAUGGGCAAUGGACUUUCUCAGUGCCUGCUCUGCGGGGAGACGCUCGGCUUGCUGGGGAGCACGGCCGUCUUCUGCCAGGACUGCAAAAAGAAAGUCUGCACCAAGUGUGGCAUUGAAACCCUGGGCACCUCGAAACGGCCCCUCUGGUUGUGCAAGAUCUGCAGCGAGCAGAGAGAGGUUUGGAAGCGAUCCGGCGCCUGGUUCUACAAAGGCCUCCCCAAGUACAUCUUGCCUUUGAAAAGCAUCAGCAGAACCAAAGAGACGCCCCUGAGGCCUCACCGUGUGGAUUCGCCGACUCUGGAGGUGAAAGGCGCCGCUGCGACUCGCUCUUACACCUGGGCCAGGGGAAGAGUGGUCUCCAGCGACAGUGAGAGCGACUCUGAAUUCAGCUCCUCGAGCGUGGAUGACCGGUCCCUGCCUGCCAGGUCGAAAGCCAUGAAUAUAAAAAAGCAAGAAGAAUCAGCUGUCAGAGGUGAAGCUGCUCGAACCCCCGCUAGGAUCACCGGCCGGCCUUUGGGGAACAUCUUGUCGGAAAGCCAGAGCAGCUUGGGAAGCGAACGCAGCGGGGUCCUGAGCGCCACCGAAAGCUGCCCGAGUGACCUGCUGGUUGAGGAUGAGGAUAGUGACGCCAGCCGCAGCACCGCUGGGAAAAGGCGUCUCCCAACCAGUCCCUGGUGCUGACGGCAACCAGAUGUGUUGAGAUCCAAGACGCUGUCUUCUCAACUCGCCACAUGGAACUU